AUGGCAAAUCACCUGACACUUCUUCUGGAGAUUCUGAACGAUUUGGAGUCGGAGAAGCUGGAUGAGUUCAAACUGCACCUGAGCAAGGGGGCGCUGAAGGGCAUUGAGCCCAUACCGAGAGGAAGGCUGCAGAAGGCCCUUGAUGCCUCAGCCAUUGCGGGUCUGAUGACUGAGCUGUAUAUCGAUCAGCACUUCAUCGACAAACAUCGCGUUCGGCUUAUUGACACUAUCUCCACGGUGGACCCCAUCCUGGAUCGUCUGAUGUCGAAGAAUACCAUCACCCAAGAGAACUACCGUCACAUCCGCAGCUAUCGCACCAGUACCCAGAGAAUGAGGGAGCUCUUUGACCUAGGCGGUAUCUCCACUCUAAUUGGCAAAGACUGCCUAUAUGAUGUGCUUAUGGAGCUGGAGCCCUUGGUCAUGGAGGAGCUGAAGGAUGCUGGUGUGAAGUAA